UGGACUCGGCUGAAGAACAUGGCGGCCUCCUCAGGAGUUAAAGUCCCACGCAAUUUUCGCUUGUUGGAGGAGCUUGAAGAAGGCCAAAAGGGCGAAGGUGACGGCACAGUCAGCUGGGGCCUCGAGGAUGACGAAGACAUGACUCUCACACGGUGGACAGGCAUGAUCAUUGGACCAGCAAGAACCAAUUAUGAGAACAGGAUAUACAGUCUGAAAGUGGAGUGCGGACCUAGAUACCCAGAGACAGCCCCGGUUGUUAGAUUUGUAACAAAAAUUAGCAUGAAUGGGAUAAAUAAUUCCAACGGGACGGUGGAUUCACGUAGCAUACCAAUAUUAGCAAAAUGGCAGAAUUCAUAUAGCAUUAAAAUUGUUCUUCAAGAGUUAAGGCGUCUAAUGAUGUCCAAAGAAAAUAUGAAGCUUCCACAACCACCAGAAGGACAAACCUACAGCACUUAAUCGUAAUGGAUUGUUUUGACCCUCUGUCUUAAACCUUACUCUCUUAGAAAUAUUGUGUAAAAUCAUCAAGAGGCUCACUUCGCACAUCAACAAUAUCGUCAGCAAGAGCAAGAUUGGACUUUUAUUACAUAGCUCAUUCAAAAAAAAAAGAAGAAAA